AUGGCCGAUUCUUUGCACGGAGACGACUCCCAGUUCGAUCCAGUGGAAGCCCAAUCCGUGGGUGAUUCUUCCGACUCUGCGUACACGGACGAUGACUAUCGAAGCUAUGCGACGUCCUUGUCAUCCAGUGUGUCAGAUUUCAAAUGGGUAAACGGUCGGCGGUUCCACAGCUACAGAGAGGGAUCGUAUCAAUUCCCCAAUGACGAGAAAGAACAGGACCGCUUGGACUUGUUCCAUGCCCUUUUCACAGAAUGCCUUCAUGGAAAGCUCUUCCUGGCUCCAGUGCUCAAUCCACGGCGAAUCUUGGACAUCGGCACUGGCACCGGCAUCUGGGCUAUGGAAGUUGGCGACAAGUUCGAACAUGCACAAGUCGUUGCGAACGACUUGUCGCCUAUCCAGCCGCAAUGGGUGCCUCCAAACCUGCAAUUCGAAGUCGAUGAUGUUGAAAGUCAAUGGCCUCCUCGUCCGUCAUUCGAUUUGAUCCAUUCGAGAUACAUGGCGGGCUCGAUCCGGGAUUGGCCAGGACUCAUUGCUCAGUGCUAUGAGCAGACAACUCCUGGUGGAUGGGCAGAAUUCCAUGAUUUAGAUCUGCACAACGUGUCUCCUGACAGCUCGAUGCCUACUGACAACAAAACCCUCGCGAUGUACAAUCACGUGAUCGAAGGCUGCGAGAAGAUGGGUCGAACGUGCUGUCCAGGUCCUCACCUGAAAGGUUGGCUGGAAGACGCUGGCUUCGUAAACGUGAAGGAAGAAAUCUUUAAGCUGCCCGUGGGUCCCUGGCCCAAGGAUCCCCAUCUGAAAAAGAUUGGCGGGCUCAAUCUCAUGCAAUUUCUCGAUGGAUUGGAGGCGUUCAGUCUUGGGAUGUUCGUGCAGGUUUUGGGCUGGACUGUUGACCAGGUACAUCUGUUUCUUAUGGAGGUGCGCCGGGAUGCAAUGAAGAAAUCCGUCCAUAUGCAUCAUUGGUUCUACGUGGUAUAUGGGCAGAAGCCUGAGUAA